AAAAAUGUUUUAUGCAAGUUUAUUCACAGAAUUUAAGAACUCACAACUUCAAGGUCGUAUUGUCAAAUGUUGUGUAAAAUAGCAAAUUUGUUUUUGCAAUUUACUCCAGCUUCUACCAUUUUAAGCCAGGGAAGUGUUUGCCAGUCCCUCACCUCAUCUAGGUUGAGCAGAGCGCUUGAAGCAAGCCAUGGCGUCCUCCGCCUUCAACGUGCAAACGUGGUGCAGCUCUCCCUGGAUUACCCCCGUCCUCCCGUUUCAGGGUGGAUAUGGCCAAAAAUUUUCAACUAUGUGUAGGCCUUAUAUGAUUUCUGCCAUUGCACACUUGCAGCUAAGUGUCUCACAAUUUCUAGCGUUAAGUUGCCCUCAAAGAAAGUUGAGAUCAAGAUCUAAUAACACAUCGUGCUUUCCUCUCAAACAAAGUUAUCAGGCAUCUUCAUUUCGUGGCCAAAGAAUGUUGUGCAUCAGUUCCAUGGCUAAUGGUCUAGAGCUGCAAUCAAAAGUGACAGUCAAGUGCUUCUUUGAUGUAGAAGUUGGGGGUGAACCUGUGGGUAGGAUUGUAAUUGGUCUCUUUGGAGAUGUUGUCCCGAAAACUGUAGAGAACUUCCGCGCCUUGUGCACAGGAGAGAAGGGAUAUGGUUUCAAAGGAUGCUCCUUCCAUCGUAUUAUUAAAGAUUUCAUGAUACAGGGAGGGGACUUCACCAAAGGAAAUGGAACUGGUGGAAAGAGCAUCUAUGGUUCUACUUUUGAAGAUGAGAGCUUUGCCUUGAACCAUGUUGGCCCUGGAGUAUUGAGCAUGGCUAAUGCCGGUCCUGAUACCAAUGGGAGCCAAUUUUUCAUUUGCACAGUGAAGACUCCCUGGUUGGACAAACGGCAUGUUGUGUUUGGACAUGUCAUUGAAGGAAUGGAUGUUGUGCAGGAGCUUGAAUCCCAAGAGACAAGCAGGAUGGAUGUUCCUCGUAUGCCAUGCAGAAUUGUCAAUUGCGGAGAGCUUCCCAUGGAUUGACUACCUCGGAGUAAAUUUCCACCCCACCUGAUUUCACGAAUUUUAGUUGAUAAAAAUAAUUGAAUGAUGUGCAAAAUUUAACACCAAGGCAUGGUGGGUUUUGCUUUGUGUUGCGAAGAAUGCAUGCCUUGUAUUGAGCAUGGGAGCAAGGCCCCAAGGACUUUUUAUUUGAGUCAUUUUAAACACGGUACAGAAAUCCCUCCGUUAAUAUGAGACUGAGAGGCGAGGACUAUAGUUUGAUCAAGUGAAGUGGAUUGGAUAAGUUGCUCCUGCUGCUUUCCCAGCUCACCCUCCCACAAUUGAGGCAUUGUUUCUUUGAUGUUGUGGAUGCUACUCAAGGCGUGGUCGGCACCAGGCACCACCACCGGGCUCCCCACCUGCCAUGCAAUUAAGUGUUCACACAACCACAGGUUAGAUUUGAUGAAGAUUUGCCUAUUUCUUGAUGCCGUUAGAGCAGAGUUAAUUAAUUAAGCAGUGAGGGGAUAAGGUUAGCUAGCUGCGUGGUAUCCCAUGCAUUGCCUAUGCUGUAUUGAAUUUAUACCUUAAGAAACUAAAUAAUUAAUGUAUAUAUAGCUUACAAUAA